GUGAUGCUGGAACAAACAUGGCAGUCCCGGUGCCCGUCAGCUGCUCGGGCCCCUACUGUCUGCGACUGCUAUCACUGCUGGCGUUCCUGGAGCUGAUGGUCGACCCAGGCUUGGGCCGCGUCCACCAUCUGGCGCUCAAAGAUGACGUGAGGCAUAAAGUCCAUCUGAACACCUUUGGCUUCUUCAAGGACGGGUACAUGGUGGUCAACGUCAGCAGUCUGUCUGUGAACGAGCCUAAGGGAGCCGUGGGCACAAGCGGUGAGAUCGGAUUCAGUCUAGAUCGGACCAAGAACGACGGCUUUUCUUCUUACCUGGACGAAGAUGCCAGUUACUGUAUUUUAAAAAAGCAGUUUAUGUCAUCUGUCACCCUUCUCAUCUUAAACAUCUCCGGAAGCGUAGUCAAGGUCAGAUCCCCACCAGAAGCUGGCAUCCAGUUACCAAAGAUCGUCUUCAGCAAGGACGAGAAAGUCCAGGGUCAGAGCCAGGAGCCUGUCGUCAGCUCUGUCCCCGAAGUCAGCAAGAUGCAGAGAGCCCAAGAUGGUUCGAAGGCAGUGGAUUCAAAGGCAACAGCAGAGACAUCCGUCUCAAUUCAUAAGAACGAUGGGGCGGUUUCAUUUCAGUUCUUUUUUAACAUCAGCACUGAUGACCAGGAAGGCCUAUACAGUCUUUACUUCCACAAGUGCCCAAGCAACAGGCCUACUGAACAGGUGUCAUUCAGCCUGAAUAUUGUCAUCACUGAGAAGAACCCUGACAGCUUCCUCUCUGCUGGGGAGAUUCCUCUCCCCAAACUGUACGUUUCCAUGGCCUUGUUCUUCUUCCUUUCUGGGACCAUCUGGAUUCAUAUCCUUCGGAAGCGAAGGAAUGAAGUGUUUAAAAUUCACUGGUUGAUGGCGGCCCUUCCUUUCACCAAGUCUCUUUCUUUGGUGUUUCAUGCAAUCGACUACCACUACAUCUCCUCGCAGGGCUUCCCAAUUGAAGGCUGGGCUGUUGUGUACUACAUAACUCAUCUUCUGAAGGGGGCGCUGCUGUUCAUCACCAUCGCUCUCAUCGGCACUGGCUGGGCCUUCAUCAAGCACAUCUUGUCUGAUAAAGACAAGAAGAUCUUCAUGAUCGUCAUCCCGCUGCAGGUGCUGGCAAAUGUGGCCUACAUCAUCAUAGAGUCUACCGAGGAAGGCACGACCGAGUAUGGCUUGUGGAAGGACUCUCUCUUCCUGGUUGACUUGCUGUGCUGCGGGGCCAUCCUCUUCCCAGUGGUGUGGUCAAUCAGACAUUUACAAGAAGCCUCAGCCACAGAUGGAAAAGCUGCCAUUAACUUAGCAAAGCUGAAGCUUUUCAGACAUUACUACGUCUUGAUCGUGUGCUACAUUUACUUCACCAGGAUCAUCGCCUUCCUUCUCAAGUUUGCUGUUCCAUUCCAGUGGAAGUGGCUCUACCAGCUGCUGGAUGAAACAGCCACACUGGUGUUCUUUGUCCUGACGGGGUAUAAAUUCCGCCCGGCUUCAGAUAACCCCUACCUGCAGCUCUCUCAGGAGGAAGAUGACCUGGAGAUGGAGUCUGUAGUGACAGCAUCAGGAGUGACGGAGAACAUGAAGAAAGUCAGGAAAGUGACCAAUGGCGCCGUGGAGCCCCAGGGUGACUGGGAGUGCACCGCAUGAUGGGCCCCGCUCUGAGGAUGCACUGUCAAUGAGAACAGCCUAGUCACAGCCCUGUCGUGAGCAAGCGUCUUCCUGACAGUGUGGCAUCUCCCAACAGUGACACUCCAUACCCACAGCACAGCUCAGUGCGUGGACAUCUACUUAUGUACUCUUAGAAAACCUGAUGGCGGUGGGCUCCAGGCAGCUAGGACUGCCCCUCAGGGAGGGUAGGAGCAGAGAGGAGGGGUAAAAGAGAGUCCAUCUGGGGUCUCCACAGGGGAACCCCAGUGGCUGCCACUCAGAAAGGCUGUGGUGGUGGGAAGGGCAGGCUGCUGCUGCUCACAGGACUUUGGAGGCUGAGGGUGUGGCUCACUGCUUGGCCAAGCCUUCAUGAGGCUUGGGUUCAAUCCUGGUACCAGGGUGGGGGGAAAGAAGUUACUUUGGGAUGUAGGCAGGUGUCUACCAAGAACACAAAGAAGAGAUUGCCUUUGGGGAGCAGCAGCGACAGAAAUGAAUGGAAUUACUUUAGAAAGCCAAAUAGUCACCCUAGGUGGUUUGAAGCACUUGUCCAGAGCCACUGGCCCCAAGCACCACUCUAAAUGUUGUCCCUCUUCUAACUAGAGGCCAGCUGAGAGGGCCCAUUGCGUUGCUGUCCAGGCCACUGCCAGCACUGCAGCCCUAUUGGUGAAAUGGUUGUCUCUAGCGUGUGUGAAGGGAAGAGGAGCCUUGAGGCUCCAGAAGUGCUCUCCAGACUCCAGGCCCUGCCUCUCCAGAGCAGCCGCCUGCCUUCCUCUCCUUACUUACCCCUGUGUCUUCUGAUCAGCAUCAGAGAAAACAGGAGAGUGUUCCUUAAGGAGCCACUGGGGGCCGGAAGGGCUGCAGCUAAGCAAAUACUUAGGAAAGACUUGUUCCACAUCUUGCAUGGGCCAGGCAGGGACUUCUGAGCCCCAACCAUAUUGCAAGCAUGCGUGAAGGAAGUGAGCACAGCUGAGCUGCUCAUGCUCAGAGACUUGAGGCAGCAAGGUCUGUUCAGAGCCUGGGCAGGAACACCGGCAGCUGCCUGCAUGGGACAGUGCUGCAGCAGAGGCGAGCUCGGAAGGCAUGUGACCCAGGGCACAGGCGACCAGCUCGGCACCUGAAAGCGGCUUAGUGCCCACGACUUGUCGGUGAGUCACAACUUCAAGGAACGGGCUCUCUGGGGUGACAGCUACUACCUCCCAUUUGCCUUCAGCGAGAAGACACCUCUUCUACUGUCCCGGGGUGAGCAGGUCCCUCUCCACCACAGCUGGUCUAUCUGGAGAAAAGUAGCUAGGCCUGAAGGACCCCUUAAGGGACCUUUUCCUCCUUUUUUGUUUUGUUCUUGUUUAUUUGUUUAAGGUAUGUGAUGGGAAGGGAGUUGGAGAGGAGAUGGGGAUAGUUUUAAAUGCUUUCUUUUCUGCACAUAAGAGCUCGGCCAGCCCUGCAGAAGCUUGUUCCUGUGGUGACAUCUAAGCCUGGCCCUCAGAGGGCGGGCUGCUGCUUCCCUGCAGAAGACAUUGUUGAGUAGGUGCUAGACUCACAGAAGGUGAGGGCCUCCCCAGGCAGGAUUUUUUUUUUUUUUUGAGACAGGGUUUCUCUGUGGUUUUGGAACCUGUCCUGGAACUAGCUCUUGUAGACCAGGCUGGUCUCGAACUCACAGAGAUCCGCCUGCCUCUGCCUCCCAAGUGCUGGGAUUAAAGGCGUGCGCCACCACCGCCCGGCUCCCAGGCAGGGUUUUUAUGAGGGGCCUCAGUUGUGGAUUUUAAUAAAACUGUUCAGUGGCGAAAGCAAGAGGGGAACUGUGUACCACCUAGCCCACUGGCCUCCCUGAGUGACUAUAGGGGGCAGCCUGGUCCUCCCACAGCGUGGGUGCACAGGCGGGAAGGUGAGAAGUCUGGAAUGAUGGGAUCAAAAGCCUAACAUGGGGCUGGGAAGACUGGCCCAGAGAGCCCAGGCCGUGGAAAGGGAACUUGUAGCUCUUUAUCCUGCACUGUAAAUGCGUCUCAUCUCCCUAUCUUGAGAGCUGUGGGCCAGCAUUCAGCGGUGUCCUUGGGUAGAAGAGUCUGGUUGGAGUCCAGUGCUGCCUAGUUGCCCCAGCUUACCAGCUGCUCUCUGCAGCUUGAGUCUCAACGCACCUGGCUGCACACAACCGUGCUUGAACGGUGAAGCCCUUGUGUUGGAGAGACUGAGCAAAAAUGGGGUGCACAUUGCACUGCCGCUGUGGUAUUAUAGCCCUACUUUCUGUCCCCCCACCUCUGCCUUGCCUGUGUGAGGUGUCCGUGCUUCCUUUAAAAGUGCUGUGGACUGGAAGCUGUAGGUUGUGACAUUUAAUAAAGUGUGGAUUUUGUUAGAAAAUUAUUUUUUGACCAUCAGGAGCAAGUGUUAAGCUCUGAGCCCUAGUUCUUAACAGUGUCAAGGACUCAGUCAGUUCUUUUUUUUUGGGGGGGGGGAGUUUCGAGACAGGGUUUCUCUGUGGUUUGGGUUCCUGUCCUGGAACUAGCUCUUGUAGACCAGGCUGGUCUCGAACUCACAGAGAUCCGCCUGCCUCUGCCUCCCAAGUGCUGGGAUUAAAGGCGUGCGCCACCACCGCCCGGCUCUCAGUCAGCUCUUAUAUUUGACUAGCAGAGUUCUCUGUUCAUUCUCUCUGGAGAAACAACUUACUCCAGGGUCAAAGAUCCUGCCUCACACCAGGUCUAUGUCUGUCCAGUUUUCCUUCAGAAACCACUUGGAAUAAAUGCCUACAUGUCUCCACUCUCCAACCUCUGCCUGCUCUCCUGAGGUGCUUGUGGGCUUUCUGCUCUUCUUGACCUUCCGUCUUCCUUCCCCUCCUCUUCUCUCCCCUCCCCUCCUUCUCCUUUCCCUUAUCCCCUGCACCACUGCCCCACCCCGGCGACCUUGCUUUCCCAUUGACUCCCUUAGCCCGCCCUGGCAUACUGACUGCAGGCCUGGUGCACUGCAGCAUUGUCUGCCCCAGAGCGCUAACUAUGCAAACUAACACUGAUUGCUGCUCUGUACCACGUGGUGGGCUCCCCAUACCUCAACGCCUGUUGGCUCUUGGAAUGGAGUCCAAAGCCAGUCUCUGCAGAAGGGGAAGCGCGACAGAGAUUUCUGUGUUUAUUUUCAGUGGCCUCUGGUCACCUCCCUUGUCUAUCCCAAAGUGUGUUCCUCGAGGAAGCAUUAGUCUGAUGAGGUUGCUGGCCCAGUUCCGCAUACCCAAGAGGACAGCUGAGCAUUUCAGCCUCCCUCUGCCAAGCUGCUGAUCCUCACGGGAAUAUCCUAGACCCCAGCCCCAGCCCUGCUCUCAUGCUCCACUGCCCACCUCAGCUUGUGCUGGCUGUGACCUGCCCGGGCCCAGCAUUUCAUGGUGCCGCCCAGCGACCCACCCUGCCCACUGCUGCUGCCUUUCCUCUCUAGAGUUGGGUGAGGACUUUAUUUGUAUCCCUUGGCUGAAAAGGUGUUAAUUUAGAACAGGCCAGUGUUCUCGAAGAUCAGCCCUUUACUCCAGCUUUCCAAGGCCGCCCUGGUAUAAACCUGUAAAAUACAUUCAUACGAGUCUUGCUCAUACGUGUACCACCUAGAAUGUGUUCACAGGUCGUAGGCCAAGGAACCUAUACCAAUACCCCGGGGCCUCUUCUGUCCUGUAGGAUGUGUUUCAUGCUUUAAAAACAUCAUAAAUUGGGGCUGGAGAGAUGGCUCAGAGGUUAAGAGCACUGCCUGCUGUUCAGAGGUCCUGAGUUCAAUUCCCAGCAACCCCAUCGUGACUCACAACCAUCUGUAAUGAGAUCUGGUGCCCUCUUCUAAGCUGCAGGCACACAUGCAGACAGAACACUGUAUACAUAAUGAAUAAAUAAAUCUUUAAAAAAAUAUAAAUUUAGGUGGCCCUCUACCUGGGCAGGGGCCCACCUCCCUGCUUCCCAGCGUUAUAAAGAGACUUCACCAAGGGACGGGACCAGCUUGGGAGCAGACAUGAUCAUGUUAUGUCGGGAUCUGGCAUGAUUCUGACAACAAGGAGAUUGCAGAUAGGCCACUGGGGAAGGCACACAAGUUCCUGGUGUGUCUGUAAAGAGCAAAGUGAGACAGAUUCACUCCCACGACAGGAUGCUGAGUCUGUGCCAUAGACGGGGAGCUGGAACGCCAGCCUUAGCAUCCAUGCGCUGCCUCCCUCUGCAGAGGGCCAGAUAGUCUGUCCACACGAGAGCUUUCUGAUUCCUAGGCAGCUUUUCUGGAUGACCCAUAUAACAGGCGAAUAACCCAGAGGACUUAUUUGCAGGAGGUCUUAUGGGCCUUUGUGCCUAUUCAAGUUGGGAUGCUGGGCCACUUAGUAAUUGUAGCAUUAACCACUGGCCAUUUACAAGCAUGGGGUAUGUGUGUGUUCAGGAUUGGUGGGCUGGCCACUGUAUGGAGGCAAAGCAAACAUGUCCAAUAAAGAUUCCAUGCUGGAGCUCGUGUCUGUGAUCCCAGGAAAACCUGGUACUCCCUGUCUGCUUUCUUGUGACUCAGUGGUUCUCACCCUUCCUAAUACUGUGAUCCCUUAAUAAAGUCCUUCAGGCUGUGCUGACCCCGGCCAUAAGAUUAUAUUCCUUGCUACUUCAUAACUGUAAUUGUAUUACUGUCAAGAAUCGUAAUGUAAAUACCGGGUGUAGAUGGUUUUAGGUGACCCUGUGAAAGGUCACUCACCCACAGGUUGAGAACUGUUGUGACUCCUUCUUUGUGAUCUGUGCUGAUGAGCUGGCUGCCUUCCGUCCACUCUCGCUGCCAGUAACCCCACCUGGCAAAGCUCUGCCACCAGGGCUAUGGUACAGAUGCAAACCUCUGAGGUGCAGUCAUAGGAGACUCCUGGUCAGGAUUCAGCACUGCUGUCACCAAAGGGGAGGUGACAGCAGAGAUUUGGGGCCAAGCCCCUUCUGAGACAGGCUUCCUGGUUUUCCAGAAGCUUUGCCGUCAUCCCCUGUGGGAAUCAGACAUUUGGGUCAGCACAAAGUGCUUCACUGGACGUGUUUUCAGUUGACAGGCACUGUUCAUACAGUAAAAUUCUUUCCACACAGUCUGGGCUGGAAAAGUGGCUCCGUGGGUAAAGUAAGUGCCAGCCAUGCAAGCGUGACAUACAGAGUUUGGAUUCUCAGUGCCCACAUGAAAACCAGCUGUGGCGGUGCCUGCCUGUAAGCCUCAUACAUGCGGAGCGGGAGGAUUUCCAGAUGCUGGUCAGUGGGCCCUAGGCCCUGUGAGAGACCCUGCCUCAAAACAAGGUGGGGAAUGGUAGAGGAGGGCACUCAGUCAAGAUGUGACAUGCACAAAUACACAAACACUACAAACAGAAAAAAAUA